AUGGUUGUCAGGUCGUACGUUACUGGUCGUCCUAACAUAGGGGGUGCCAGUCGAGAAUAUAAUUCGGCACGUCGACAAUCACCGCUGACAUGGUUCGAGAGCUCGAAUUUAUCCUCCCAGGUGCUAUUUCGACCGCUCGCGGCUAACAGCUUUCGACUGAUUACUUUGCAUCCUGGUUAUCAGUGGAGUCCGAUCAAGGCCACGCUGACCACUUUUACCCUGGGCGAGGCUCCACAGUAUGAGGCUCUGUCUUAUACUUGGGGCCCAAAGAAAAGUUUCAAAGGGAUACAAGUCAAUGGACUGCUUGUCGAUGUCCGGAAAAACCUAUGGCGUUUUCUCCAGCGAGUACGCCGUCGAGAUACUGAUCGCAUCGUCUGGGUUGACUGCCUGUGCAUUAGUCAAGUUGAUCUGACGGAGAAGUCAGAGCAGGUCCGCCUGAUCGGAGAUAUCUUCAGAGGGGCGAAAGCUGUUCUAGCCUGGACCGGGGAGCACGAUACAAGCAGCCGUCAUGUGUUCAAAUCGCUGUCCGGAAAUUCUUCAUCAGCCUUGUUGCCAGGCCUGUCCAGCCAGUUGUGGCUCAACUUCGAGAAUCGCAACUAUUGGCGCAGAACCUGGAUUGCACAAGAAAUAGCCCUGGCCAAGCGUGUGCACAUCUUAUGUGGUGACGACGCUGUGGGUUGGGGGGUGUACCUGAAUUCCCGUCCCAGUCAAGAGCACACAAACGGCGGAGUUUUCAACUUAUCUUCACCCUCUUAUUUGCUGGAUGCGCUCGGACAACAAUCCCCGGUCCGAUGGAGCGGAUUCACACGAUUGUACUUGAUCCGAGCUCUCGAGAAAUCCAAAAAAGGGCAGGGCCAUAAUGGGGUCAGCACGCCACGGGAUGCACAGGCCCACGGCCCUCCUGCCAUGAACCGGCAGCAUUGCAAUCUGAACAAUCUGAUACACCUUGUCAGAGGCACGCGCUGCGAGGAUCCCCGCGAUAAGAUCUACGCACUGCUUUCGCUCGAGGAUCAGGCGGUGAGAGAAGCCCAUCCGAUUCUGCCCAACUACAAACUCCUCGUCUGGGACUUGUUCAUCGAUGUCUACGUCACAAGGCUGGAUGAGGACAUCACAGCCAACCGAACUUUCGUCAGGGGCCUCGUUGCAGCGCUUGAGCUCAGAAAGCCAGGCUGCGGUGGAUACCUUCAACGCAAUGGCCGUGGUGGGAGGGAUGGGUUUGGGAUGGUGGCGUGUGUGUUCUUUGAAGCGCUAAAACUAAAGUUGCUCGAGCGGAAGCGCAAUUGCCGAUGGCUUCUCCCAGUCAUUCAAGUCUUCUACAAUGAGGACUUACUUGGUACACGGGAGUCAGAGGCCAUGAAGGCCGCCGAGUCGUUCAUCUGUGACUACAGUAGGCAUAUGAGUUUCUUCCCAACUGAUUGGCGCUGGCUACCCACUCGUUUGAGGUGCGAGGCAGUCGAUUGUGACUGGUGGCGGCAUGAUGACAACCCAGCGACGCACACGCUGAUAACAUCUCGUAGCAGAGGCUGA